CUCACCACUCACGUGCUGCAGCCAGCGCGUCUGGUAUCUCCGCGCACGCUGCAGCUCCUCCUAGACGCACUCACCGCCCUCAGAGCCUGCCACACCCGCGCUCGCAUGGCCCCUACCUCCACCACUGCUGCUGCUGGCCGUGCUGCUGCCUCUGCCAUGGGCGCUCGAAAGAGUGCUGCCAAGCCUGUCUGGCUGCACUUGGACCUCCUCACCCUGGCACAGGCUGCACAGUACUGUGGUGCGUCCCUCACGGCCAUUCUCUAUGCGGAGCUCUGGUGUGAGGCACGCUUUGGACGGCCCACUCUUGGCGAACCAAGCUUUGAUGAGGACUCUGACGCGGUGGAGCCCCAUGAGGCGCUGCUGCUGGGCAGCUACAGUGCCGUGAACGAGCCUGAUGCCAUCUAUGCCGUCGCCCGCACCAAUAAGCUGCCGUCCCGUCUGGCCAUCGACCGCCACGAGGGGCGAUGGGAGAAGGUCCUUGAGACGCUGGACCAUGCCAUGUCACACCGCCCUGCACCUGCGGCUGCUGCUCUUUCCUCUGCUGCUCUUUCCUCUGCUGCUACUCCUGCAAUGCCCUCAUUACAGUCGCGGUCACAGUCACAGCAGGGAGUAGUGGCAGCACUGCAGCACAUGGCAUGCUCCCACGUGCUGCAAGCGUACUGCCACGGUGCAGUGACAGCCCCUGCUGCUGCUGCAGGUGCUGCUGCAGGUGCUGCUGCGGCUGUGGGCACAGCAGGAAUGGUGGUCGAUGGAGCGUUUGCCUCUGACACAACUGACUUUCUUGAGCUCCAGUACGAAGCUGCGUGGAAGAUGGGCAAGUGGGACCUGCCAGCAGCUCAGCUCCCAGUCCCAGACUCGCACCAGUCAUCACCCUACCCGCCCUCCACCUCCUCCACACGUGCAGCCCCAGAAGGCAGCACCACCACCGCAACCGCCAUGGCCAUGCCUGGCUUUGCUGCUACUGGCUUCCACGCCGCGCUCUACAGUGCGCUCAAGGCCUUCCACAACGCUGACAACGCCUCCUCCAUUGCCGCUGCUGCUGCUGCUCAGCAGACUAUUGUGUGCCAGCUGGCGUCCACGUCAGCAGAGAGUGCUCUCCACAUCAACUCCCGCCUCGUCCUCCUCCAGAUUCAAAUUUCCCCAACCCUCUCUCUCGUGUCCGUCCAAAUGUCUCUCCUCUUCCGCAACUCACAAGCGGAAGGAGUUGGAGGAGAUGACAAAGCGACUGAAGGCGUCCAGACGAGAGGACGAGAGGCGGGUGUACGGGAUGAAGAUCAUGGAGCUGCAGAAGCAGCUGAGCAUGGACGACCGGGAGGCCAACGACCUGUACAGGGCGAGCAUGACAUGUACCUGCGAGCUGCUCUCGAUAAUUACAGGAACUGCCUUCUUGCGGCCGACACGUUCAACAUCAAAGGGGUGUUCCGCCUGACGGCCCUCUGGUUCACUCUGCUCAAUGAUGCCACGGCAGACGCGGUGAAUGCAGAGAUGCUCACAACCAUCCAGACGGUGCCAUCAUACAAGUUCCUACCGCUGGUCUACCAGAUGGCAUCCCGCAUGAGUGAGCGAGACCCCCACGGCUCACCGCCUCUCCACCCUGACACACCUGACUUCCAGUCAGUGCUGACAACUCUCGUCAAGCGAAUGGCGGACGAUCAUCCCCUGCACACCGUGCCUGUGCUCAUGGCGCUGGCCAAUGGCAACAGGGUGCGCAGCAGCCAGCGCGGGCGCAACCUCUUUGUCGUGGAUGAGGACAAGAUCCGGGCGGCAAAGGCUGUCCUGGGUGGCAUGGCUGAGCGGCACAAGCCCAUGCUGGAUGAGAUGCAGCAGCUGAUGGAUCUGUACAUCCGCCUGGCGGAGAUGGAGUCCAGCAAGGAGGAUCUCAUGCGCUUGAAGCAGCUUCCGAGAAACUUCCGCAGUGUCAGGGACCUCUUACGGGUGCCGGUGCUCACAGCCUCGGUGCCUGUGGACCGAACCUGCUGCUAUGCCCCGGGUUCCUUCCCUGCCUUCUGCGGACUCAAGGACAGCAUGCGGGUGAUGCACGGGGUGAAUGCGCCCAAGGUGGUGGAGUGCAUGGGAUGUGACGGCCGCGUGUACAAGCAGCUCGCCAAGUCGGGCAACGAUGACCUCCGGCAGGACGCUGUGAUGGAGCAGCUGUUCGGGCUGGUGAACUCGCUGCUGCAAGCCCAUGAGGGGGCCACCAGGCGCCACCUCGCCAUCCGCACCUACAAGGUGGUGCCAUUCACUCCCAGCGCAGGACUACUUGAGUGGGUGGAUGGCACGCUGCCGCUUGGGGAGUACCUUCUAGGAAGCACUCGCAAGGGAGGGGCACACGCACGCUACGGGGGCUCUGAUUGGCCCUUCAUGACAUGCCGUGAAGUGAUGUCGCGGGAAAGCGACAAGAGGCAAGCGUUUGACAAGGUUCUUCAGAACUUUCACCCUGUGAUGCGCCACUUCUUCCUGGAGCGCUUCAUGCUGCCUGCUGACUGGUUUGACCGCCGCCUCACGUACACUCGCAGCGUGGCCGCCACCUCCAUGGUGGGGUACGUGGUGGGGCUGGGCGACCGGCAUGCGAUGAACAUUCUGCUGGACGAGCGAUCAGCAGAGGUGAUUCACAUCGACCUGGGGAUUGCGUUCGAGCAGGGACUCAUGCUUAAGACGCCUGAGAAGGUGCCAUUCCGUCUCACGCGGGACAUCAUUGACGGCAUGGGUGUGAGCGGCGUGGAGGGGGUGUUUCGGCGCUGCUGUGAGACGGUGCUGGCGGUGAUGCGGGAGAACAAGGAGGCACUGUUGACCAUUAUUGAGGUGUUCAUCUAUGAUCCGCUUUACAAGUGGGCCCUCUCUCCGCUUAAGGCGCUGCAUCGGCAGAAGAUGGAGGAGAGUGAGGAGGCGAUGGAGGAGGAGGGGACGGAGGAGGAGAGCGGCACAGCGAUGGAGGGCAACGAGGAGGCCACGAGAGCACUGCUGCGAGUCAAGCAGAAGCUGGAUGGCUUUGAGGACGGCGAGAUGCGUAGCCUGGCCGGGCAGGUGCAGCAGCUGAUCAAGGACGCACAGGACCCAGACCGCCUUGCCGUCAUGUUUCCAGGAUGGGGAGCUUGGCUGUAG